AAACCUUAAGUCACUCAUUCUCAGGCUCAUCAACAACAUUUGAUAAUAUAGCUCAUAAACACUUGAUCAGCACAAUCUAUCUCGAACGUAACCACAAGACAAUACUUCAACUUUUCGUCAGCAAUCAAAAACAUCAUCGGAAGAUGGGAAGAGCUCCAUGCUGUGAGAAAAUGGGGUUGAACAGAGGCCCAUGGACGCCUGAAGAAGAUCAAAUCUUGAUAUCUUUUAUCCACAAACAUGGCCACAGUAACUGGCGAGCGCUCCCUAAGCAAGCUGGUCUUUUGAGAUGUGGAAAAAGCUGUAGACUUAGGUGGAUGAACUAUUUAAAACCUGAUAUUAAAAGAGGCAAUUUCACCAAAGAAGAGGAGGCUUCUAUCAUUAGCUUGCACCAAAUCCUUGGCAAUAGAUGGUCAGCGAUUGCAGCAAAAUUGCCAGGAAGAACGGAUAAUGAGAUUAAGAACGUAUGGCACACUCACUUGAAGAAAAGACUCGAAGAUUAUCAACCCGCUAAACCUAAAACAUCCAAUAAAAAGAAGGCUACUAAACCUAAAGCUCAAUCUUUACCGACGAAAUUGAACAGUACAAGACGAGAACUGGAGCUCGCAAACUCAUCAAACCCUUCUUUUGAAAGCUUGUUCUCGGCAUCAACAUCAACAAGUGAUGCGGUUUCUUCGGUGACACUCAUGAGCCACGAAGGCCAUAACAACGAGGCUAAGAUGGAUAAAAAAUCGGGAGACAUCAAUAUUGCGUAUCAAGAUUGUUGUUCCUUCGAAAAUUUUGGAGCAGACAUCGACGAGAGCUUCUGGAAUCAGACGCUUUAUAGCAAGGAUGAAAGCAACUACGUACUGAAUCUUGAAGCGGCUGGUUUAGACGAGAUACAACAAGAGUUUCAGCAGUUAGACCCAGUUGAGAAAAAGAUGGUUUUCGACAGUGAGAUGGACUUUUGGUUCGAUGUAUUGGCGAGAACUGGAGGGGAACAAGAUCUAUUAGCUGGGCUUCUAAUUAACUGACAUAUUUGAAUAGUAAAGUGAAAUGGUGCAAUUAAAGCUAAGAAAAGUCUUUGACUUUUCAUGUAAACUAGUUAGUUUAUUAAUUGAGAAAAUUGGUUAAACAUGA